AUGAGUGACGCCAUGUUUUCGCAGCCGAGACUCAGGCGAAAAUGUCUCCUUACCAUUGGCGGUCUUGUCCUGGUGAACAUCAUCGUCUGGAUUCUAGCCGCGUUUGCUGCGAAGGCAUAUCCAUCUCUUCUGGGUGCCAUGGUUAUAGCCUACACUCUUGGACUCCGACAUGCCGUUGACGCGGAUCACUUAGCUGCCAUUGAUAACGUCACCCGGAAGCUGAUGUAUCAAGGCUCGCUUAAGGCCCGAGAAAAUGGACAGGAUUCUUGGACGCCGCCCGUCUGUGUUGGACUGUUCUUCUCUCUUGGUCAUUCUACAAUUGUCAUCAUUGCCUCGGUCGCGUUGGCAUGCACGGCGACGGCGAUCAAGGACAAAUUUGAGGCCUUUGGUGACACGGGGGGGAUCAUUGGCACAUCAGUCUCAGCAGCCUUCUUGUUCCUGAUCGGUUUCAUCAACUUGUAUGUGCUAUUCCAAGUGGGGCAGGAACUACGAACAAUUCAUCGAACAGGCGAGUAUCGGUACCGCGAUCCCCUCGAGGAAAUGAUCAGGGCAUCUCCCGAUACCAGCUCUGCCGACGACAGCCACGGCGACGGUAUCGUCAACGAGACCGACAACAAACACGCCAGCGAGACCGACAACAAACACGCCAGCGAGACGAUUAAGCCCGAAGCUUCCCGAUUCCAACCUGGUGGACUGUUUGCCCGUAUAUUCCGACCCUUGUUCAACUUGAUCGAUCGCAGCUGGAAAAUGUACCCACUUGGGGUACUGUUUGGGCUAGGAUUUGAUACUGCGACAGAGGUGGGCUUAUUAGGGAUCGCGGCUACGAACGCGCAGGCUGGUUUCCCAACGUCUGUCAUCCUCAUCUUUCCUGCUCUGUUCACGGCCGGCAUGAGCUUGAUCGACACUUUGGAUGGUAUCAUUAUGGCGAAGGCUUACGGCUGGGCGUUUGUGAACCCAGUCAAAAAGCUUUGGUAUAAUUUCGUCGUGACACUCAUGGGAGUCGUCGUGGCGUUUGUGGUCGGCAUCGCGGAGCUGUUAGGAUUGUUGGCGGAGAAACUCGACCUCGAGGGGCCUUUCUGGGAUUUCUUUACCAUGCUGAGCGAUAACUUUGGCCUGAUCGGAUAUGUGAUUUUGGCCGCAUUCAUCUUCACUUGGGCUUUUGCAGUUCUAUUCUACAAGUAUGGGCCAAUGAAGGAUCUUGAAAGGAGGGUUGCAGAGUCAGGCACAGUAUAA